CUUUUCCGUGGGAAAGUGGUGGGAACAUUGGCGAUUGCAACGACUUCUGACCGACUUCCGCACCAUCUUUUGAAAGAAUAUCUAACCCGUAGUUCAUGGGCGGGGAGCGAGGUGGUUCGGCAGAGCGCUGUGGAAAAUCCUGUCCGCAAUGUCUCUUCGUCGCCUCCCAGAUGAUGUCGUGAUUCGGCUCCGUUCCGCCGUGGUGAUCAGCUCCGUUUCUCAGUGCGUCGUUGAGCUCGUCCAAAACUCCCUGGACGCAGGAGCUACCCUGAUCCAAGUUGUGGUCAACCAUACACUUCCUUCUGUUCAGGUGCUGGACAAUGGCUUGGGCAUUGACCCGGAGGGCAUGCGGCUUCUAGGGGAACGAUACGUCACUUCCAAGGCCGGCAACGAGGCAAGCGAUGUUUCUUAUGGAUUUCGUGGCGAGGCGCUGGCAAGCAUAGCAGAUAUUGCUUCUGUGGAGGUUGUGAGCAAAAGCAACCACCUGCAAACAUACUAUCUCCAAAUGGAUAACGGGAAGCGGCGCAAGUUUUGCCCUUCACCGACAGCGCGACGACGCGGAACGACGGUCAUUGUGAACGACAUCUUUUGCAACCAACCAGUUCGUCGGAAGAUGCUUCAAUCAGAAAACGUCAUGGAAGGCACAAAAAGAGCUUUGGAGCCAAUAGCACUCUCAAACCCACAACUGACUUUGUCGCUGACUGACGAAAGCCGCAACGUAAAGGUGCUGGCCACCAGAAAGGCGGAUUCACCGCAGUCCACGUUCAGACAGCUGUUUGGGAUGUCGCUUGCCCAAGACCUAUUAGAAGUUUCGAAAAUGCGGAAAGGAUUCCAGAUUACUGGGUUCAUCUCACUCCGCGGAUAUCCAUCAAAGCGUCAUCAAUACAUAUAUGUGAACCAUCACUUUCUAUCCCCAAAUCUUCUACAUUCGACGAUCAAUCGCCUCUUCUUGCGGAGUUCAUUUGGAGGGAAUGGCCCCGAUGAGGGAUUGACUUUGGGAUUUGAUGACGGAUCGCCGGCAAAGAAAGGGAAAUAUAGCGCGAAGACCAGCGAGAAGUUUCCCGUCUUCUUUCUGAAGGUUCUGUGUCCUCCGGGGACGUUCGAUAUCCUUCUGGAUCCCGGAAAAAACGUUGUUGAGUUUGCGGACUGGGAUUUCAUAACGCAAAUGGUCGAGGACAUCGUCUCUGACUUCCUGAUCGAGAACGACUUCACACAAGAUGCCAACGACCUGAACUCGUUAGUAGGGGAAACCUCCGAUAUCGACUCCGACCCCGACAGUGUGCAAGAGUCCAACAUGGAGCGCAGUCGGCUACAGGCGACACUCCCACUACAUAUUGCGCUUCCAGUUCCGACAAGAAGUGCAAAACCUGCCGGGCAAAUGCUGUACGAUUCGACAUCGAAGUCGAUUCACAACUCUCGCCAAGGUGGUGAACAUGCGGUGGUUAGGACAGAGACGGGGGAUGAGUUUGCCAUCGUGGAGAAUAUGCAGCAGAACUCCAGCUUUUAUGUUGAUACCAGGACUGGCAAUUCCUAUCGAGCGUUACCUGGCAAUACGAAGCCGAGAGAGAAAGAAGGUUCGGGAGUCGGAUCAGGAAACCCCUUCGUCAACACCUCCAGAGUGAAGAGAUCGCGAAGCGAAGGGCUCUCUACGGGCGGGGCACUUGGACAAUUGAAGCUGGGUGAUGCAUUAAGGAAAUGGAAGAACCCAGUCUUUAAACGCGGCGAAAAGCAGCUCCGCUCCAGCUCCGUCAUCACAGACGCCGCUCCCCGCAGCUUCACCGAUAAAGCCAACCACCUGUUCAACGGCGUCACGGUGGAGAAUGUACGGCAGCACAUCACCCGAGAGCUGUUUGAGCGGGUGCAGGUGAUUGCCCAAGUGGAUAAGAAAUUCAUCAUUUGCAACGCUGUGGGCGACGACGGGGCCCUGGAGAUGAUGCUCAUCGUCGAUCAGCAUGCCGCGGAUGAGAGGGUGCGGUUGGAGAAGCUUUUGGAGGACUUGUGGAUUGUGGAUGAGGUUGUCACCCCUGUGAUUCCCGAUGAAGAACUUAAACCAAAUUCAAAGGCGGCGGCCGAGCAGCCUAUUGAAGGCGCGGUCCCUCAUCCGCAACGUUGCGUGGAUAAAAUCACCCUCGAUCCGCCUCUCCGCGUCAGUCUCCCGUCGCGCGAAGCACAAGCCGCCCUCCGUCACGCCGCCGCCUUCACAUCCUGGGGCAUAGUAUUCUCCCUUCCGUCGACGUCCAAUACCGCCAUCCAGCCUUCCGCCAACACCCAGAUCCUUUCGAACCCGGACGCCCCCACGAGCUUGAUGUUGACUAGUCUCCCGCGGCUGAUCGCAGAUAGAUGCGCAGUGGAUCCCGGCGUGGCGAGGGAUCUGAUCAGGCAGCAUCUGUACUGGCUUGAAGAAUCUAGCGGGACUGGUGUUAAGGAUAGGUGUCCGAGGGGGAUCUUGGAGAUAUUGUGGUCGAAGGCGUGCCGCUCGGCGAUCAUGUUCGGAGACCCGUUAUCGGCGGACGAAUGCACAGCCCUCAUCGAGAAACUUAAACGAUGCAAGUUCCCCUUCCAAUGUGCCCACGGACGUCCAAGCAUGGUCCCCAUUGCUCACAUGGACGCGGUCGCUCGCUCAGCUGAUCGCUCGCAACAGAGGAGACGGGCGAUGGGGAAGGUUAACUGGGAUGCAUGGCGGCGUAGAAGGUGAUAGGAUGAGGUGCAGAUAUUCGAUAUGAUCAUUUCGCAGUGGGCGAGAGAUAGAGAGACGUAUGUAGUGUAUGCAGUGUUGACCACAUAGAGUGAAAUAGUGGCAAGGCUUUAGUUUGAUCCGACGUAGGAAGAACAGCACAAAAAUUUGUGGUAUGGCCCAUCAUGAGUUGAUCGAAGGUAAAAGUUGCCAUCACCGGCGACGCCUCAGGCAGAGGUACAAUGAUGUGGAUGGCAGAUAACCACCACGGAAAAUGGGAUGGGGUGAGGAUUCUAG